AUUACCAGUUGUUUCGUCUUCCAACGCAAAACAAUGCUAUGGCGGAUAGUAUAGAAACUGAAUUUAGAUUAAAGCUUCCAUCGCAUUUUGAAGCGAAUACACUUUUCAAAGAUUCAUCGAAUGCAAUUGUUGUCGGAGAAGAGAUUGAUCUGUGUCUAAUUGCCAAACAGCUUGACGGAUCAAAGGAUAUUUGGGAGAAAGCAGUAUCAAAUGUUCGGGCUGCUGUUUCCGUAGUAGACAUACAGGGCAGCCGCCCACCAAAAGAAAAUUUUGAUUGUAAAGUUGUUAAAUCUAGUAGGGGCCGAGACAAACAUCGACGUUCACCACCCAAAACUUUAGAUAGUCCAGACUCUCAGAAAUGGCAGAAAUUAAACGAUAAUACAAUGAAAUUAAUAGUUCCAAUACAAUUUGUGCCAGAUUCUAAAACUCUUAAUAAAUCAUAUAAAAUAUUCGUUGCUCUAUGGUCGACUGAUGGAGCGGAAAGUAAUUUGGAACUUUCAACUCAUAAACUAAUGUCACCUGCUCUAAACGUUCAAUUUCCUCCAUUAAUCACUUCCAGGGUUGUUCAAUUUUCUGGAAAAACAUUUCUAAAGAUUGAACUACGUAACGUAGCAAUUGAAACAAUUCAAUUGAAUUCCCUCAAGGUUCUGAUAUCCGCUGAGAAAGAAGGAGAAAUUACAAUAGAUCAUUCAACCUUGCCAAACUUUCCUAUGAAGCUAGAUAAAGAAUGUGAAUAUUCAUUUAUUGUUGAAAUAAUUGACUGUGUUAAAGAAAGCGAUAAUAGAAGUUCAAGUUCUUCCAACGUCAACUUAGUUGCCGAAUUAAAUUGGGAAAACGAAGGCGCUUCAGCACUUGAUAGAAUAACUACAACUUAUAGUUUGCAGCAGAUAGCCCUGAAAUAUCCACAAUUAUCAUUGUUUGUCACCCUGCCAGAGAUAUUAGGAUCGCAAUUUAUUAUAGAAUAUACCUUACAAAAUUAUAUGCAAGACUUUCGUAACAUUAAAUUGACACUACCCGAUUACGAUGCUGAAGGAUUAAUAUUUUCAAAACGUUCUAUAGAUUUAGGCGUUUGUUCUGUAAGAAGCAUCAAGAAGGCAAAGGUUUUGGUCACAAUUUUGAAACCAGGUACAUUCGAUUUAUGCAAGAAUGUUAAAAUGAGCUUACAAUACAGUACACCAAAAAAUUCUGACCCAAAUGGACCUAUAAAGUUGGAUAAUGUAUUAAAAUUACCCUGCCCUAUUUAUAUCGAAGAAAAUGGCAAUACAAAGAACUGA